CUCUACCAGACGCCCAACAAUAGAAGCUGACUCUCGUUCCUUUCUUUUCUCUGUUGUCUGUAUACACACUUCUCAUAAUGGCAGCCUCGCUACCCCGGUCACGAUGCCUGCUUCUGCAGUCUCUCCCACGCUCACGAACACCCUCGUCCCAACACCUACGCACCUUUGCCACAACCUCCGACACUCCCCAGACCGCUGCCCCCGAACCACCAAAGCGAUCACGAGCGCGUACAUCCUUCAGUGAUACCCUAAACUCGGGCCCCUCCUUCAACGACUUUGUAAAUCCCAAUGCGCCCCUCCCGCCAUCGGAAGCCUACGAAAUCAAAACCGCCCAGGUGGGCAAAAAGACCAUUACGCGGUUGCCCGAGUGGCUGAAAACACCCAUUCCUUCGAAUCAGAAUUACAAGAAAAUCAAGAAGGAUCUGCGGGGGUUGAAUCUCCAUACCGUCUGCGAAGAGGCCAAAUGCCCAAAUAUCAGUGAUUGCUGGGGAGGGAGUGACAAGAGCGCAGCGACGGCGACGAUAAUGCUUAUGGGCGAUACAUGCACAAGAGGAUGUCGCUUCUGCUCUGUAAAAACGUCCAAAGCACCACCACCACUCGACCCCCACGAGCCUGAGAACACGGCCGAAGCCCUGCGACGGUGGGGUCUGGGGUAUGUCGUGCUUACUGCCGUGGACCGCGACGACCUGGCUGACGGCGGCGCGCGCCACGUCGCUGAAACCAUUAUGAAGAUCAAGCAGAAGGCGCCGACCAUGUUGGUGGAAGCCUUGGUUGGCGAUCACGGUGGCGACAUGGAGAUGGUCAAGGUGGUUGCGAAGAGCGGCCUGGAUGUCUUUGCGCACAACGUCGAGACUGUCGAAGCACUUACUCCGUUUGUGCGCGACAGAAGGGCCAAGUUUAGGCAGUCGCUUGAGGUUCUGCGGAUAGCGAAAGAAACGCAGCCCGAUCUCAUCACCAAGACGAGCAUCAUGCUGGGUCUGGGCGAAACAGAAGAGCAGCUCCGGCAUGCGAUGCGAGAGCUGCGCGCAAACCACGUCGACGUCGUAACCUUCGGCCAAUACAUGCGUCCCACAAAGCGCCACAUGGCCGUCCACGAAUACAUCACCCCCAACCAAUUCGAACUAUGGCGCCAGCGAGCGCUAGAAAUGGGCUUCUUAUACUGCGCCUCUGGGCCCCUCGUGCGCUCGAGUUACAAGGCAGGCGAGGCCUUCAUCGAGAACGUAUUGAAGAAGAGGCGGAUGGGAAGUGCAGGCCAGGGCGAGGUUGCCGAGCUGAGCGCGGCCGAAGAGGUAGAGAGGACGAUGUAAGAUAUCUAUCAUUUACGAGUCCAUGUACAGUAUGAAUCUGCCUUGCGGUAAACAUAUAAGGUUGGAAUAGGCAACAUUUGUUCGCAUGGCGUUGGUAUCUACUCGACCGCGAAAGGUCCCACUCAACGUUACGGGGACCCCCUCCAUCAACAUGGCCCCAUACUUAUUAAUCGAAGCAUAUUUGAAACUCAUGUGGCAACUUUACGGUGAAGAAACCGCGAUACUAUCCAUCACGUCACAUCACAUUCAUCAGUAUCAAGGGACCUUAUUCUCAAAGUGCGAGCAAUGUUCUGCCGUAAAGUAAAGUGAGAUUCGUCUAGCCAUUUCUUAUUUACGUUACGAAACCAUAUAUCUUCCAUCCCUCUAUCAUCAAGAUCAACAAGAAAAAGAAAUGAAAAGUGUAAAGAUAAAUCUGAUAAAAGAGAUGAGAGAUAACAGAGCAACAUCUAUAAACGACCGAUCUGUAGGAGAGAAGGAAGGCAGACUAAAGGAU